AUUCAAGUACGAAACGGUGCGCUUCAUCCUCGCCGCGGCGUUCUCGCACGCCGGAUCGAAGAGAUGGAAGACGUGGUUUUCGCCCUUCGCCUCGUGGAUCUCCGCCUUCCCGGGCCACCCGUUCUUCCCCAGCGUCUCGCAGUAAAGCCUCCCUCUGUCCUUCAGAGAGUCCUUCUCCGCCACCAGAACCAGCACCCGCCGGCAACCCAGACCCGACAGCUUCGGGUCGGCGGUAGCGUUUAUCUCCGGGUCAUCCAACCCGUUCUUCGAACCCGGAUUCGCCAGCCGCCACAACCCGGAAGGCAGGGCCCGGCCCGCUUCAUCCUUGGGCUCAUCCCCGAUCGGGUCUUCCCCCCAAAAAUACGGAUCCACAAGCACAAGGCCCAGCAGCUCAAUCAGUUUCUCCUCCGCGUUCCUCAUGGCGACGCGGUGGGCGAUGUUGGCGCCGGCGCUGUCCCCGGCCACAAACACCCUCCCGAAAUCGGCGCACGCGUUCAGCCACUCGUCUGGGCCGGAUCCCCCGGCCGCGGCCCAGCAGUCGUCGUAGGCGCAAGGGAGCGGGUGCUCGGGGACCAGCCGGUAGUCGACGGAGACGGCGACGAUUUGGGCUUCGGCGACCAAGGCGUUGAGGUGGGCGUGGUAGAUCGGGGAGAAAGGGCUCUCGAUGCAGAACCCGCCGCCGUGGAUGUAGAUUAGGAGGGGGAGCUUCUUCCCGGCGGAGAUGGCGGAGGGCGGGGCGUAGAGGCGGGCGGAAAGGGUUGGCUGGGUUGAGUAGACGACGUCCUUGGAGACAACGCCGGAGGUGGGAUCGUGGCCGGCGGGGAGGGUGGCGGUUCCCAGCAGGCGCUCGACGCGGCCGUCUUUGUAGAUCCGGAUCAGUGGGGAGAAGUCCUGAGCGAUGUCGGUAGACAUUGUUGGGGGAGGGAUUGGGGUUUUGAAGUGAGUGUUGUCCAUGGCGUGGGUUUUAUUUAUUUGUUAUCUAUUGCAGAGGGGGACUGGUAGGUAUAGGUCACGAAUGUUGUAUGCACAUGUGAGAGGAGAUAAUGUAGUGUGCAGCAGGGUUGGAUCAGCUGAUG